GUAGGCAAGUGUUGCAUGCCAUGAUUUAGUUGUGUGCAGUUGUGUGUCUUGGUAAGAGCUCGGUGAUUUAAAAAAAAUGGCACUCUCCAGGAUAACGUUCACCAAAUUAGCAGAAGUACAGAAAAUAUACCCGACAGCGACUAUCCUGCUAAGGAACUUAAGCGCCGAACAAACAAAUCUAAAGAAUGUACUACAGGAGAAAAUUCCCAAAGAACAAGAAAAAAUCCGCGAAUUCCGCAAACAGCAUGGAUCUUCUAAAGUUGGAGAAGUUACCGUUGACAUGAUGUACGGUGGCAUGCGUGGUAUCAAAGGUCUAGUUUGGGAAACAUCUGUCCUCGAUCCCGACGAGGGCAUUAGAUUUAGAGGAAUGUCUAUCCCGGAAUGCCAACAGAAGUUGCCCAAGGCUAAAGGGGGAGAUGAACCCCUGCCCGAGGGUUUGUUCUGGCUCCUAGUCACCGGAGAUAUACCGACCGAAGCUCAAGUUAACGCAAUCUCCAAGGAAUGGGCACGCAGAGCCGAGCUGCCAGCUCAUGUUGUCACCAUGUUGAACAACAUGCCCAGCAAAUUGCACCCCAUGUCGCAGUUCUCAGCUGCAGUGACAGCCCUGAACAGCGAGUCUACCUUUGCGAAAGCUUACUCUGAGGGUGUACACAAAUCCAAGUAUUGGGAGUACGUAUAUGAAGAUUCGAUGAACUUGAUUGCGAAGUUGCCCGUGAUUGCUGCAACUAUAUAUCGUAAUACAUACCGCGAUGGCAAAGGUAUAGGCGCUAUUGAUGACAACAAGGACUGGUCCGCCAACUACUGCACCAUGCUCGGCUUUGAUGACCCACAGUUCAGUGAACUGAUGAGACUCUACCUCACCAUUCACAGUGACCAUGAAGGAGGCAAUGUUUCAGCGCACACAACACACUUGGUGGGAUCUGCUCUCAGUGACCCCUAUCUAUCCUUCGCCGCGGGUCUCAACGGUCUCGCCGGACCUCUGCACGGAUUGGCUAACCAAGAAGUACUUAUAUGGUUGGAAAAGCUGCGUAAACAAGUCGGUGACAACUUUACUGAGGAACAACUUAAGGAGUUCAUCUGGAAGACACUCAAAUCGGGACAAGUUGUCCCCGGUUACGGUCACGCUGUUCUCAGGAAGACCGAUCCCAGAUACACUUGCCAACGUGAAUUCGCUCUGAAGCAUUUGCCCAAUGAUCCACUCUUCAAGCUGGUGGCCGCUGUGUACAAAGUUGUGCCUCCCAUCCUAACCGAGCUCGGCAAGGUCAAGAACCCAUGGCCCAAUGUUGACUCGCACUCUGGUGUACUAUUACAGUAUUAUGGUCUGAAGGAGAUGAACUACUACACCGUUAUGUUUGGUGUAUCUCGUGCUCUGGGAGUAUUAGCUCAGCUCAUCUGGUCCAGGGCUCUCGGCUUCCCAAUCGAGCGGCCCAAGUCUUUCAGCACCGAACUGCUCAUGAAACAGUUCGGCAAGUAAAUACAACGAUAAAUGUAAGCUUCCACUGUUGCUAAACUUGUAUUGAUACAUCCCAUUCUAAUUGAAGAGACUACAUUUACAAGUCACUGCAGUGGAAUACCACUAUUAUUAUUCACCUAUUCACUUAAUAAUGUAGUGAACGUUUUUGAGAAGCAUGCCAUGGAUACAGACAAAUUUUGAAUUUUUUUUUGUAUAAUUAAAUAAAUUUGUGAGUUUUAACGUUUUAAUUUAAU